CGUCCCGGUGAGCCUCCUGAAGCCGCACUUUUAGGGCAGUAUCGCGAAAGUUUGGGGGUCCUUUUUGAGCUCGACGGCUGUCCCGCAUCGGGGGUGCGAGCCAGGUCAACGAUUCGGGCUCGGUUCUGGUUGUGUGUGGGGGUCAUGUUGACGAGCGGCUUGCCCCGGCUCGGAGGACUUUCAGUAGUUUGGCUUAAAGUGUCCGGCAGCCGCUGGUGGUCACACACACCGAGUGCCUUUAUCCGAGCUAAAAGUGGCUUCGUGUUUUUGUUUGUGCGAUGUAGCUAAUGUUAGCUCGCUAACUAAUAACACGCACACCUCCUCCGAGGCGGUGUCAAUAAUAAAAAAGCCGGCUAGUUGCACAUGUAAGUGUGGGCUGGGUUUAGUUUUUAAAGGGCUGAGUUUGGUUUUUUGGACUGUGUACUGGCGGCUGGAAACGUUAAUGGUGGACGCCGCUGCCCGCUUUAAGCCCCGUGGCACCAGUAUUGGUUCUGCUAUCUGGUAGCUAAUCUUCCUACUUCUCUCUGUGACAACCGUAGUCUUCCUCCUCUUAAAGCUGAACACACACACACACACUCUCUCUCACACACACCGCACACACUCCCCUCUCUGUCUCUUCCUCUCAGCCAGACAGGAGCACGCACGCACACACACAGGCGCGUGCACACAUUUCCACAGCACGAGUUUUUGCAGCGCUUCGGGACAAAGCUGUGGGCUCAGGAUUUCUGCCGUCACACCAGUUCGCCGCUAAAUUUGUGCUGUCCGUUCAUGCGGACGCGCUGAGGUGGAUUUAAAACGUGGGGAUAUCUAAUGGCUGAACGUGACGGAAGCCGGCGUUGCUCAUGGGGAUGUCUGAGGAGGCUGUCCGCCAGACACGCAGCCAGAAGAGGGCGCUGGAGAGGGAGGCUGCCCCACAGUCUGUAGAAACCUCCGAUGCCGACAAUGAAAGCAAAAAACCUAAACUGGACCCGUCUGAAUCGCCGACACAGACCCCAAUUAAACCUAAGCCUGACCUUAUUCUGGCACAGGAUGGUCAGAGCCGGACUAGGCCCGGAUUAGAGCAUGACAAGGAGCAGGAGCAGGAUAAGAGCCCUUUGCCGUUAUCUUUAGUGUUACCCUUGACCUCUCAGCCGGUGAAGGAUGAUCGGAAUUGGUCCCAGAGACAGGAGGUGGUCGAACCCGGCUCAGACAAUCGGACUGACUGCAAUGACAAAGCAAGGGCAAUGGACACAAGGAGCCGCGUCCGGCAGGCGGAGCCAAAGGCGUCCGGCGGCAUGCUGGCCGCAGGGGAAGUAAAGGCCACUAUUAAGGUUGAAGUUCAGACAGGAGAGCAGCCCGUGGACAUGAGCACCACCAAAGGGAGUAUAAAAAGAGAGAAGCGCCCUCCAUCCCCUGAAGAUGAUGACGUCAUCAUUUUGUCAGAUAAUGACUCCCCUAGUCCACCGAUGAACGGGCUCAGCCACUUUAAAGAGCUGGACACGGACUUGCUCAUGAAGAGCAGCCCAGCUGAGAGGGAGCGUAUCAUUAAGCAGCUGAAGGAGGAGCUGAGACUGGAGGAGGCCAAGCUCGUGCUGCUGAAGAAACUGCGGCAGAGCCAAAUUCAGAGGGACACUCUGCAGAAGCCCUCAGGUUUAUCUGGCUCAUCUGCUCCUCCUCCUCUAAUUCGAGGAACAAUUGCAAGCAGUAAAGGCUCUCCACAGAUUUUGACAGGGAGGAGUUCGGGUACUGUCAUCCCUCCACCCCUGGUGAGAGGAGGGCAGCAGAUAUCGUCUAAACAUGGCUCCCAGAUCAUCAUGCCACCUCUGGUUAGAGGGGCACAGCCCAUCUCUGUGUCUCCACAGCAGAUUCAGGCUCUCCGCCAGCAGCAGCAGCAACAGCUGGCUGCCUCUGGAGGCUCGGGGUCUGGUCCUCCUCCUCUGCUGUUGGGUCCCCGGAACUCUGACGUCCAGGGCCAGAGAGGAAUGAUCCAACCAGGCCUCAUCAGAGUCGGCAGCACGCUGGCCUCUUCAUCCAGUUUGAAGGGCUCUUCCCUAGGAAGCGGUGUGUCUGUGGUGGGUCUGAAUGACUCUCCGGCAAGCCGUCAGGCUGCAGCUAAACUCGCGCUGCGGAAGCAACUGGAGAAGACCCUCUUGGAGAUCCCUCCACCCAAGCCACCUGCCCCAGAGUUCAACUUCCUGCCUUCUGCAGCCAAUAAUGAAUUCAUCUACCUGGUGGGACUGGAAGAAGUGGUGCAGAAUCUGCUGGAUACCAUCCACAGAGGAAAAACGGGUGUAGCCCUGCCCAAGCCCACCAUCAGAGAGCCUUUCAUCUGCAGCCAGUGCAACACUGACUUCACCUGCCGUUGGAGGCAGGACAAGACGAAAGGCGGGGCGGUGCUCUGUGAAGACUGCAUGUCAUCUAACCAGAAAAAAGCUUUGAAAGCUGAGCAUACCAAUAGGCUGAAAGCCGCCUUUGUCAAAGCACUGCAGCAAGAGCAAGAAAUAGAGCAGCGUAUAAUUCAGCAGACAUCUUCACCAGUCUCCCACAGUACCUCAUCAUCCACUUCAUCUGCCUCUUCAUCACUGAAGGCAGAGCAUCUGGUGGCUCAGCAGCUGAAGCAAGUUCAGGCCAGAGUGUCCUCCCUCCAGCACCACCACCAGGCCAGCCGAGGAAACCUCAUUCAUCAUCACUCCAUCAAGCAGAGCUCACAGGGCCACCUGUCCCACGGUGUCUCAUCAGUGGGGGUGAGAGGCAUCCCCCACUCCUUUUCCUCCACCUCCCAGCUGCAGAGCGCAGUGGCGGCCGCGGCUUUGGUCAGCCGGCCAGGUAAGCACGCCCAUGUUUCCCACCGCUCUGUGCAGAGUUCAAAGGUGAGCAGCAGUGGAAUCCGCGGCCACAGGAUUAUCAGCGGAGGUAGUGCCUCAUCCACUGCAUGGAAGAAGCAGAGCAGCAGCAACACAGGAGUGACCAUGGCCUACGUGAACCCCAGCCUGACGGGUCACAAGACAUCAGCCACAGUGGACGCUCGCCAGAGGGAGUACCUGCUGGACAUGAUCCCCUCUCGCUCGUCAAUCUCGCAGACUGCAAACACGUGGAAAUAGUCGAAGCCGUACUCCGCUACUCAUUUACUAGUUUUUGUCCCAAGUUCCUCAGCUCCAAUAAUACGGUCCACAGCGCCCCCGCAGGACUUGUUAAGCAAUUACAAUCUCUCAAAGUGAAGAAACGUUCCUUAAUUAAUACCUUUGUAUGAUUCUUGUUUUAGUUUUGCUUAUUUUCCAAUGUUUUUUUUUUUCUUCUUUUGGGGUUCAUCGUUAUUUGAUAAUUGUGCAGAAACCAUUUUGAUUUGACUGGGCAGAGAAGAAAAUACUUGAAGGGCUUCCUCUGGGCUCUGUCCUCCAGACAGGGUCGUUCAAAUGAUGAUGUACGAUAGGCGGUUAUGUCUGCUGCGAGUACCUUUGAUAAAAAUAAGCAUUCUGUUUGAGGCUUGUUAGCCCUUUUCUGCCAUGAUGUGGGUGAAACGCACCCAACCUUUUGACACUUGAAUAGUUGUAUCACACCCAAGAGUUCACGUUCGACAAAAUACACAUUUAUUUUAAGUAAAAGCAAAAUUACCAAGUUGUAAAAUUUUCAUUACACCACCCAUGUAGUUAAAGGUUUGAGUUUACUUUGUAUUUACCGUAAGUUAUUUUUGUGGUUUUGUUUUUCCUUUUGUUUUUGUUUUUUUCUUGGACUGAUGUUUAAGAUCACUCAGUAUAAUGUGGUUUCCACAAAUGAAGAUUAUUCUAGCUUUGUUUUUUCUUUUCUUUCUUUUUUUUUUUCCUGUUUAACGGCAUGCCUAUCCUUAAGCCCAUUUUGCACCUUAGCUGAAGAAGCGUGGUGUCAUUGCUUAAUUCAUCUGUAAUUACCAUCUGUAAUUUGCUUAUUUUAUAUUGUCAACAUUGUAAGAUUAUUUUGAGUGUUACAUCAUCACUGAGAAAAUGCAAAACUCUGAAGGAGCUGAAUUCGCCACACUGGAGCCAGAAAUCUUGCCUCCGAUAUUUAUCCAUUGUCCACGUGAGACACGGGCUACAUGUAGCCUCGACUCAGUCCUUAAAGGAAACAUCUUCCAGCUUCCUGGAUUACACAGUUAAAGAGUUGUGUGAUCACACAAUUAAGAUUAAGACUCUGGAUUACACAAGACCAUCGUUAUCUUGUGCCCCUCACCAUAAUGCAUAAUUUCUCUGCUUUCCAGUAAUUUUAAUUGCAAUGUACAAAGUUAUGUUUAAAUUUAUUUGGUUUACUUUUUUCCUAGCUCCUGAAAGAAAUAAUAAAAAAUAUUACAUUUUAAACUGCUGCUUUCGUUUGCUGUUUUGGGAUAUCACUGUCUCUGUGACAUUUUUGCUCUUAUGGGCCUAGAAUCGAAAUUCAUAUGUAUGUUGUUAACAAAUAUCUAUUCAUUCACAUGGUAGCAACUAUGCAUGUAGAUGUGGUCAGGAUGACCUGCUGAAGUUAAUUUGAGGAAGAAGGGCGAUUUUAUUUUUUUAAGGGACUGAAUGCAGCACAGUUGUUGGUGCCAAACUGGCUGGCAUAUUUCACAAACUGCUAAUCUACUGGGAUCCAGUGAACAGCAUUUCUGUUGAAGAAAAUACUCUGAUGUUAGAGAUCAGAUGGAGUCUAGAGAAUGGCCAGACAGCUUUAAGCACUCAUUUCAACAAAGGACUACAGAAGAGCAUCGGUGAACCACACCACUCCAACCUUGAAGCAGACUGGCUACAGCAGCAGAAGACCACAUCAGGUAUUAUUCCUGUCAGAUCAGAACAGCAAAGUGAGGCUGCAGGUUGCAUGACUCCAUUAAAAUUGGUCAAUAGAAGAUUAGAAAAAUAUUGCCUGGGCCGAUGAAUCAAGAUUUCUUAAGAUGUUGGAGUCAGAACUUGGUAUAAACAACAUGAAUUUAUGGAUCCACACUGCCUUGUAUCAGCAGAUCAGGCUGAUGGUGGUGUCUUGAUGUGGGGGAUGUAUUGUCUGUGCUCUUUAUGCUCCAAUGUACCAACUGUGCAUCAUUUAAACAUCACAGCCUACCUGAGUAUUGUUGUUGACCAUAUCCGUACCUUUAAAACCACAGUCUGCCCGCCUUCUGAUGGCUGCUUCCAACAGGGUAACAUAUCAUGUCACAAAGCUUAGGUCAUCUGUACUCAAAUGGCCUCUACAGUCACCUGAUCUCAAUCCAACAGAGCAGCUUUGGGAUGUGGUGAAACACACCACAUCCCAUUUUAUACUGUCAUGUCAAUAUGGCUCAA